AUGAAGGUCUCGGCAGUCUUGAUUUCUGCCAUUGCAGCAUCCGCGAAGGCUUCUACACUUCUGCAAAGUCGUCAAUCGAAUUGGACCAUCGGUCAAACAGUUCAGACGACCAGUGGUCCAGUCAACGGACAUGCUGCAUUGAAUGAGUCCCAAGUAUCCGAAUAUUUGGGAAUUCCAUUCGCCAAACCACCCCUCGGGGACCUGAGAUUCGCUGCACCAGUUGCAUAUAAUGGCACUGCGACUCUCAAUGGUACCAAUUUUGGUUAUAGCUGUCCUGCUCAAUCUACCUCAUAUAAUGCUACACUAGUUGAACGGUCAAAUGUUUCUUUGGCAAUAGGAAUACCACUACUCCAAACAGUUGGAACCCCUUCGACGGCAAAAAGCGAAGAUUGCUUGACAUUAAAUGUGUGGGCGAAGCCACAGACUGGCGACGCCAAGAAAGCUGUAUUAGUAUGGAUCUAUGGAGGCGGCUUCAAUAGCGGGUCUAGUUCCACUCCAUCGAUGAAUGGAAAGCAUAUUGUAGAACAAGAGGAUGUGAUUGUGGUGUCUAUCAACUAUCGACUUAAUAUUUUUGGCUUUCCGGGAAAUCCAGAUAGCCCCGCGAAUCUCGGACUUCUAGAUCAAAGACUGGCCAUCGAGUGGGUUCGUGAUAAUAUUGAAAACUUUGGUGGUGAUACAUCCCGUAUCAUUAUAUUCGGACAAUCGGCUGGCUCAGCAUCUGUCGACUUUUACAACUAUGCUUGGGUAGAAGACCCAAUUGUUGCUGGUUUCAUUCCAGAAUCUGGUACAGCUUUGAGUUGGGGCUUGCCAAAUCAAGCAGAAAAUGUUGCUCUAGCUUGGUAUAACGUUACUGAAGUAGUUGGUUGUGGUGGUGCAUCCUCCGGCAAUGUUACUGCUUGCAUGCGCACCAAAACCACAACAGAAAUUAUAAAUGGCAUAUCUGCCACCUCUGGAUCUGGAGGUACUUUAGGAAGCUUCGGUCCCACUGUCGAUGAGAUUGUGGUAUUUUCCAACUAUACUGAACGCUCAUUAGCCGGAAAUUUCACCAAAAAGCCACUGCUUAUUGGAAAUAAUGACAAUGAAGCUGGGUUGUUCAUCGCCACAAGCUCCCUGCAAGGUUUAAGCUAUCCCGAUUUUUACUGGCAGACCUUCAAUUUGAUCGGCUUUACUUGCCCAACUGCCUAUCGCGCGAAUUAUUCAAUUCAAGCUGAUGUUACCACUUGGCGUUAUCGUUAUUUCGGUUCCUUCCCUGAUACAAUGAUCAUUCCAAAUGCAGGUGCAUGGCAUUCCGCCGAGAUCCCUAUCCUUUUUGAUACAAACAUCGCCAACCCUCCCGAGACGACCGAGCAAAUAGCCAUCGGAAAAUAUAUGCGUGGAGCUUGGGCUGCAUUUGCCAAGGAUCCUGAAAAUGGCUUGACGAAUUAUGGAUGGCCAAAAUAUGAACCUGAAAAGGAUACACUUAUUAGAUUGGCAUACAAUAAUCAGACGGGUAUAAAUGUUGCCAAUCCGUCGUUAUAUGAUGCAGACUGCCCCGUAACAGCCGCUGCUAGCACUAGUUCAAAUAGUUCAACGUCUACUUCGACAGGGACCGCGACAAGUAGUUCAGCAGCUGCAACAGUAUCUUCUUCUGGGGCAGGAAGCUUGGAACUUGGUUGUAUGGGACUGAUGAGCGUGAUGGUAAUUGGAAUAACUUUCUUAUUUUAA